CUCUUGACCAUGUUGCCAUGUGUUUACCGGCUCCAGCCUCUCCUCGCCUUUGUAUCGUUUGCCUUGCUGACUCAAGGGGAAAACUGUCCAGCCACCUGCCUGUGCCCGGACCAUCACACCGUGGACUGUAGCGGCCGAGGACUUACUCGCCUUCCUGACGAAAUCCCGCUGGACGUUCGCCGGCUGUUGCUUUCUGACAACUGGAUCCCGCAGAUACCCUCUGACUUCCUUGUGCUCUACAGUGACUUGGUGUACCUGGACUUGCGAAACAACUCGCUUUCCCACAUUGAGCCGGGGACCCUCAGCACCUCCUCCAGGCUGGUCUUCCUGGACCUGGGCAGCAACAACCUGACCGAAAUCCCCAAAGGAGCUUUUGGCGAGUCACGGAGCCUGAUCAAGUUGCGUUUGGGCAACAACCCGUACCUGAGCAUGGUCAACGAAGAUGCCUUCAGGGGUUUGACCUCACUGAGAGAACUUGAACUGGAGCGCAAUGCCCUGUCUGGCCUACAGGUGGGGGCACUGAGCCAGUUGCCUUCACUGCGUGUGGUGAGGUUAGAGGGCAAUCCUUGGGUGUGUAAUUGCACCUUUGCUAACCUCUUCACUUGGCUUAUUGAGAACAGUCACAAGCUUCCAAAUGGUAUAGAGAGCAUGGAGUGCUCCUUACCGAUGGACGGCCGUCGCGUGCCUCUCAGUCAGCUCUCCCAGGACAGUUUUCGGGAGUGUCAAGUCACGCUGACCCUCACUGACUUCCUCAUUAUCAUUUUCUCCGGCAUCUCCGUGUCGGUGGCGGCCAUCAUGGCUAGCUUCUUCCUGGCCUCCACCGUCCACUGCUUCCAGCGCUGGAGCAAAGGCACCAAAGGAGAGGACGAGGAGAACGAGGAGUGAAGAGGAACUGUGACUGAAACUCUACUAAAGUUAGGAUAAUCUGAAUGAUCAGCUCUACAGUUAGAGCUGAGAUGCUGGAUAAAGGAAGGAGGAUGUGGCAUCUUUGGUUGAUAAAAGCAACACAACGGUAUUACAAAGAAUGGUUGAUCACCAUUGGACAGGUAUUAUGGAAACUAGCCAUAGUAUUCAAAUUUCUAUGUGCAUUAUUAUGUUUAUCCUGCCAUUCAGUGUUACAAUUCGGUGUCUUUAGUAAAGUAUUUCACUGAAUAAUGAUAACAAUAGUCAAAAUAAAAUUUUAAAUCACCUAAAAAUA